CUGCACCGAAACAUUCUCGUCGUUGCAAGCUCCUUUUCCGUUCUUUUUCUUCUUGGCGUCCGAAGCUAACGGAACUCAUCCAGGAACAACGAAACAAAAACACACAAGUGAGAGGAAUUGUGAAAAAUAAUUCCAAAAAUCAAAAGAAAAGAACAUUUAAGCUGCUAGAACCUAAGAAUAUUGGUAAGAUGUCACUAAAAACCGACUCAGGACAACAAGCUUUCUACAACUAUGGCGACAUGGCGAGCAUCAAGAACGCUGUGCACCCGUUGGUGGCCAGCAACUGUUCCGAAUAUGCUGUGGGCUUCUCCAACUACAGCAUGCGCCCGGCCCGCAACAUCGGCGAGGUGGAACUGAUGGCCCAAAUCGUGGGCACUAUGAGGAGCCUGGGCCUGAACAGCUUCCUGCGCCUCCAUAGCUACUCGUGGCCGCAUCUCGGCAAGGGCAUGGGCCACGGCGUCAUGAUAGUGAGUGCUCCGCGCAGUGGCCGCACCUUCGCCUACUUGCCGCCGCUCUGCCACAACAUUUGCGUCGCCGUCGAAAAGAUUGUUCGCCAUCCGGAGCUGCAUACAGCACUGAGCGGACCGCUGGCCGUGAUUGUGGUGGCCAACACGGAGCAGGUGCACCACGUGAGCGUCCUCUGUUACGCGCUGCUGAAGAAGUCGUGUCCGUGGCUGGACCAGUUCACCCUAACCCUGAACGUGCCGCCCGAUCGUGAGAGACGCGAGUUCGGCCUGCGGGUGCUGAACGGCGUGGGCUGCCUGGUGGCCACUCCUGCCCAGCUUGAGUGGGCCAAGACGGUGCUGGGUAAGGGCCUGCGCUUCCAGGACAUGCGUUACCUGGUCUUCGACAACGUGGAUCUUAUGAACAAGGUGCAGCUAGAGAUGUCCAAUGAGACGCUAAAGAGCUUCCUGCCCAAGGGCAGGAAGCCCCAGGUGGUGAUCGUCAGCCAGGCCUACAAGUCGGACCUUUUCGCCCAGCUGUCGUGCAUGAACGAGAGUCCGGCCAUCAUUUUCGGCGACAUCCUGGAGGCGUCCAUCUACGGCGGCGCCAAGUUCAGGAUCAGCCUGACGGCGAAGGACAAGAAGGUGCACGAGGUGAUCAGGGUGGUGUGCCAGCGCAGUCCCCGCACCUACCGCACGGUGAUCUUCUGCGACGACGACAGGGAGAUGCGCCAACUGGUUGAGACGCUGGAGGACCAUGCCCAGGAGUGCCUGCCCUACUUCCAGAACGCGGACCUGGCCGACCUGGAGAGGGUGAACCGCUGGAAGCAGGAUCACCGCAGCGAGAUCCUCCUCUGCACGGACCUGUGCCCCGAGCUGGACAUCCGCAGCGCCCAUACCCUGAUCCACUACGGCCUGAGCCGCACCUGGAGCAAGUUCAAGCUGCGCCACCUCUUCCUGGCCGACCACUUCAGGAACAGUCUGCAGCCGGGCAGCAGCGAGGCCACCCAGCCGUUGUCGCUGCAAUCCUUUGCCAUCGUCGACGACGGCAACCAGAGGCAGUUGCCCCGCCUGGUCGACUUCCUGCAGCAGCACCAGCCGGUGGAGAACUCCCUCGUGAACCUGUCCAAACAGAUUCGCCUGAAGACGGAGGACCGGCACAAGAGCGUGCUGUGCCCGCAGCUCAUGAUCAUGGGCGCCUGCAACGCCCCCCACUGCGGGAGUCGCCACCGCCUGACGCAGGCGGACAUCCGGCUGCCCCAUCUGCCCGACAACGGCGACAUCAAGGUCGAAUUGGUCCGGGUCUACUCCCCGACGCACUACUGUGUCCGGAUUCAGGAGCAUAAACCCCCCAACAGCGGUUGGGUGUCGAAGAUGCCUUUGGUGCGGGUCGACAUGCGCCUCCACAUGGUGGGAUACACUGAAGCCGCCCGCUACUGGCCACCCGUUGCCGGCGAUCUCUGCCUGUUCCGCGACAAGGGGCUGCAGGAACGGGUCCGUGUGCUGAAGGUGGCGCCCAUCGAGCAGGGGAACUUGGUGCAGAACAACCUGGACGUGGAGGUGCAGGCCCUGGACCGAGACACGCGUGUCUUCUUCACCACCUGCAGUCAUCUGUACGUUUGUCCCGAGGAAUUGAGGCAGGAGCCGCCCACCUGCGUGGAUGUGCGUCUGCUGGGCCUGGUCCCGAUGAACGGAGAGCGCAGCUGGACGGAGGCAGAGAAGCGCGAGACCGAGCAGUGGCUGGUCAAUGUGAACAAGAAGCACUUCAUGCAGGCCACGGUCGAGCUGGCCACCGCCCACACCAUCUACGUCAAGGAUCUGGUGGUCAUGGUCUACGCCCAGCCGGACUUCCUGCAUCACCUCCACUUGCGUUCCACUCUGAUCAACGCCCACAUCGCCCAGAGCUGCGAUGGGGCCAAGCAGAAGGUGCUGGACUUCUUCAGCGCCCAGAACUUUGAGGAUCUGGCGAAGGCGCUCGACGACGCGGAGUUCGCCGACAUGCCGCCGCUAGUGCCGCGCACGGCAAUCCAGCUGGAGGAGGACACUAGCUCUCCGCAUUCCGAGGAAGCCAUGGACAAGGAGCACCAGCUGAAGGAAGCUCUGGAAGAGGAUCCGAACCUAGUUCCUUCUCAUGGCCAGAAGGUUGCUUCUCAGGAGUCCAACUGGGCCUCGAGCUAUCCGAAAGUAGAUCUCUACGAGAUUCUGAAGAAGAGGGUGCGUGGAAAGAAAGUGCUAGAUACUGAUACAGAUCCUGCCCCAGUUGGUGCUAUCCAUGAGAAGGUCGAAGAGGCUUGGCUCCCAGACCCCUAUGAGGUUCCUUUUGAAAAAAAGGUAGUGGAGGAUGCCGUAGUUCAUUCGGAAAAGAAUUCCUUUGGUGAGGAGGAUGAGGAGGUCGAAGAAGGUGCAACAGGACCUUGGAUCCCAGAUCCUUGUGAUGUUCCCUAUGGCAAUGAAACUACAGCCGGUUGCGAGAAGGAUUCUCUCAUUGCUACUAAGAUAGGAUUCGAUUUCGAGAAGGAUUCCUUUGCUGAGGAGAAUGAUAAUGACGAGGAGGAAGCUGAGGAGUUCGAAGAGUGCGUAGCAGGUCCUUGGUUCCCAGACCCCGAUGAGGUUCCUGUUGGCAACGAAAACGUCGAUGUCCCAGCCACUGCUACGGAUUUCAAAAUGGAUUCCGUUAAGAAGCUGAUCCUGGGAUCUAAGAAGGAGUCUGCUCCUGUUGCUGCCAUCUAUGGGGAGGUCGAAGACGCUACAACUGAAUCUUGGUUGUCAGACCCGGAAGAGAUUCCUCCUGGCAACGUGGAAGCUUUUAUUGCAGCUGCACCCGAUUCCGAGAAGGAUUCCCUUGUCGCGGAGAAUGGAAAAGUUGAAGAGGGAGCCAGUGUUCCAGAGAAAACCCAGUUCGUUGAAAAAGACGAGACCCUCGCUGGUGGAGGAAAGGGGAGGACCGAGAUGCCUGGGGCGGUAGGCAGCGGAAAAGACAAAUCGGAUUGCACUGCAUCCGAUUCCGGAAGGGAUUCCGUUGUGGAGAAUGGACAAGUCUUAGAGAAGGCAACUGAGAAGCACGUCCUUGGAUCUGGUAGAAAGACUGCUCCUGGUGGUGCUAUCCAUAAGGCGACCGAAGUGGGUGCAACAGAUGAGAUUCUUCUUGAAGGACAAGUGGUGGAAGCCUCUGCAGUCCUUCCGGAAAAUGAUUCCCAUGGGAAGGAGACGGUCGAAGUGGGUGCAGCAGGACCAUGGUUCCCAGACCCCGAAAAGGUUUCCCUUGUCCAGGAAGAGGACUUGGCAAUAGCUACUGUUGCUGGUUCUGAGAAGUACUCCCUUACGGAUACUUCGCGCGAUUCCGGAAAGGAUUCUCUUGGGAAAAAUAAUGGAAAAGUGGAGAAGACCAUCGAGAAGCUGGUCCUAGGAUCUGACAACGAGUCUGUCCCUGAUGGAGCUAUCAAUGAAAAGUUCGUAGAGGGUUCACAGGAUUCCCUUGGUGGGGCAGAACAAGAGGGGGACGAAGAGGGCGCAACAGGACCUUGGUUCCCAGACCCCGAUGAGGAUUCCCUCGGCAACGAAGAAGCCAUAGCAGAAGCAACUGCAGGGGCUUCCGAGGAUUCUCUUAUAGGUGGGGAGAAGGGAGAAGUUGUGGAGUAUGGAAAAGUGAAGGAGGCACUCCACUCUGCUGGAAUAGUUGAGACUCCCACCGAUAAGGGAAAGGGAAAAAAGUCGCAGAACCCUGGGGCGGCAGGCGGCGAAAAGGACAAAGAGCACUACGAUCCAUCGGACAGCUUUGCCCAGUUCUACAAGUGCCUCCAGAACUGCAUCGCCAUGGACAUAGAGGACGCCGGUCUUCCCUCUUCGACGAAAGAUCCCUCUCCGGCGAAAAAUCCCCCGCAGGCAGAAGCGGACAAGGACCCGAAUGCCGAGGCCAAGGCGGAGUUUGCUCGGAUGAGCACCACAUUGGGUCCGCCAGUCAUCCACCCGCAGGUGCUCUGGCACCAGACCAUGUUCUACGUCGAGUUCCGGGUCACCAUCCCGAAGGACGACUUCAAGUAUGAGGUGCAUCUGGUUAAGGAUCAGCUGCUGUUCCAGGCCACCGUGAAGGACUCGCCGGAAGUCUAUCAGUUCAUACUCAACCUGAUCUAUCAGUUCGAGAAGUUCUGUCACUUCGUGCGCGGUCCCACCGUUUAUAUUCGGGUGGAGAAGGGGAUAGGGGCCAUGUGUCCCUUUGAUUUCUCCGGAAAUCACUGCGUCCGUGUCAACCACGAGGAGGCCGUCAAGCAGGAGGAGUUGUGCUUACAGCGUCGCAACGAUGUCAACCGCUAUCUGGACGCGAUAGUGUUCGAGGGGGAAGAGGGUUGGGGGAAGGGGGAGUGGAAGUUCGAGGGGGAGAUCCAGGAUGAGGACGGCUUCGACGAGGAUGGCUGCACCGAGGGCGGCGUCUGCAUCGAGCAGCCGAGUGACGAUGAGCGCUUGGAAGACUGAGAUUUCAACCCAAACAAACAAAGGACACUUUUAAAGGACUAAUCAUUCAAGGACUAAUUAUUAUAUUAUUUUUUAAGAAACCAAUCAGACGCGGUGUCCAAAUACCUAUCACUAAACUAAUAAAUAACUAUCAUUAAAGCAAGGCCCUCA